AUGACAGUGCGUAUAUUAACCUUUUGCGUGCUCCUGGCUUUGGCCAAUUCCAACGAGAGCGAACAAGUGAAAACCUACAAGUUGGAUGUGCCGGGAAAAGAACCAAUAACAAUCAUCGAGAAGACACCAGAGUUCCCGAAAUGGAGAGAAAUUUCAUUGGAUACCAAUCGCGAAGCCGAACUGAAAAAUCUUAUGACCCAUAUCGUGCACGAUGUGAAUGGAACGCCACGAUGUUAUGGUCCGUCUUGCCAGGAAGGAUUUAAUGGAGAUGAAGGACCACAUGAUGGACUUGAGGACUUCACAAAUGAAAAUGAUAAACUUAAAGAUUUCCGCGAUUUUUCUCAAGAUCGCUUACAAGCUAUUACGGCAUUGGCGGAGAAAUUGAAAAAGGAUAAAAUCAAAGCUGAUAGGUAUUCAGCAAAUAACAACAACGACGAUGGCAACAGCGGUAAAGUUUAUACCACUUGGAAUAGACUUAAAGUGAAGCAACAUAAGCAUCCCUUUGAUGAUAAAGAUGGUUGGGUAACACUUGAACCUGUCGCGUGGUCUACAAGCAAAAUAUCAAAAUGGAAACCUAAUAUCAAAAAACAGAAACCUAAUCACUGGUACGAAGAUGAAAAUAGGUUCCCAAGUGAUGAUAGAUACACUUCAACGCAAGAUCCGGGAAAUAGUUACAGCUAUCCACAAAAACGGCCGACUUUAUUGCGACCGGGAUUCCUCAACAACAAAUUACAAACGACUCUUGAUUUUGAAGAUGAGACCCCUUCAAAACCAUCGUGGAAUAAGCCAAUACAAUCCUCGUAUACUUCGACAUGGUCCCCCGAUGAAGGAAGAAGGCCACAUAAGCCAAAUUGUGAUUCCGACGAGCAUUCAAGUGAUGACACUGUAUUUUAUGGUAUAUCAGACUCUAUAGUGACCGAUCAUCGACCAUCCCACUUUCCUUACGAGUACGAAGCACUUCAUCAAGCCAUACAAAAACGGCCAAUGCGAAGACCAACUCAAGUUGUUUAUGCUGGAUCUCCUGACUCAGACAACGAUCGCGGUUCAAGACCACCGUACGGUGAUGGACAAUGGGUUCUGCUUUCAACAACAAAGGGAUAUAGAAACAAGAAGCGUCAAAGGUCUUUGAAUAUUCCAACAGAUGACACGAAUGAAUUCGGGUCAGUAACAUCGCACCAAGCUGUUUCGUUAACAGUUUUACCAGUGGAUAAAGCCCACACCAAUAUGACGACAUCCCAUGGAGGUUUACUUGAAGUUGAGAAGAGUUUCCAAACAGUGGAGGAGUCUAAGCGUGAUAUGGACAAAAAGCAUGACUUGGAUGUCGCAGCGUCUCAACACAGACCUGUAAAGACUAAAGUAAUAAAACGGAAGAUAGCAUCCAAUGUUACUCCCGAUAGUUCUACAAUUUUAGCAGCGGUAGGAGCUGGUAUGGUUCCAGCUACAAUGGCCAUGGUAGUCCCUAUGAUGUUAGGACGUCGAAAAAGAGAUACUAGAAAAGAAACAUUAAAUUUAGACAAUAUUUUCUUUAGACGCCAAUAG